UGUAACGUUAAAUGUCACGAAGAAGAAACUGUUACACCGGAAGUAAGAGAAGCGGGAGAUUGGAAGACGUAAACAAACUUUUUGUUGGUGUGAACUUUUGUUUCACAGUAAACAUUUUCCAAAAUGCUGAACAAGGCGCCCAAAUUGAAACACACAGUUAAAACGAAGAUGAAGAGUAACAUAAAUGUGAGACCAGCGUCAGAAGCAAUGAUUGAACUCCUAACACUGCUGUUUUUGAGCAGCCUGGCCGAGGAGGCGAAGGCCAAAGCUUUUGAGGAAAAAUCUGCAAUGAUCAGAGCUCAACAUGUCAAAGCUGUCUCCAAGAAAUUGCUGAAAAAGGCAAGGGGAUGAAGACAGUGAAGUGCGCCAUCUUCAUUUUUAUGAACAUUUUUAUGAAUGACAGCAGCGUUAUUGUUUGCCUUUUUUGUGAUAUAUGUAUUGUUUUCUUCUGAAAUUUACCUUUUUUUAUGUUUUUUAUUCUAUCCCUGUAUCUGUUUUCCUGUCAUAAGAGUUUUUGUUCUUUAUUAAAUUGUUUUGAAUCUCA